AUGCCUGCCGAGACAUCAGAGCUCGACGCCUCCAGCGACUGCCACCAGAAGGUUGGAGAUGGUGGGCACUUGGCAGUGCAUGUGAAAAACCUCGCGGACAGGAUCACCAGGAUGGAGUGCACUCGCCCGGAGAUCCAGAGGUCGACACGGGCAGCGAACGUCCUGUGGUGCUUGGGGCAAAUUCUACGUCAGGGCCCAACCAGGAAGUGUCUCUACAAUUUGAGCGAGGUUGCCGAGGUGCUGGAUGAGUUCUGGUCCCAUUCUUGGCGGGAGCGCGCAUGGCGCAAAGUCUUGGCGCUCCUGGUUCUGAAGAAUGGGCCUGCAGCGGCUGUGAUUGGGACAUUGGCAGCGAUUGCGGCGGCAGUGUUCAAAGGCUCAGGGUUCCUCCCGGGCUACACCAAGCCAUCGAUUGACCACAUUGGAGAGCAUCACUACUAUGAGUUUUCCCUUUGGGCCCUGGGCAGUGGAGUGAUUGCGGCCGCUGUGACGUUGGUGUUUUGGCAGUCCCAGACCGCCGUGUUCCUGGACAAAGUUUGCAUCAACCAGGUAGACGACGACAUGAAGGCAGAGGGCAUCCUCAGCAUCGGCGGUUUCCUGAGAAGCUCCAAAAGCCUACUGGUCUUGUGGGAUCCGACCUACGUGCGGAGACUUUGGUGCAUCUUCGAGUACGCCGCCUUUGUGAAGAGCCAUGAGGGCCAGGAUCCAGCAGUGGUGAAGAUUCGGCCGACCUUUCUUGGCCCUUGCACCCUGUGGAUUUUCUUCGGGAGCGUGGUGGUCAUGACUACGGAGCUGACGAUUCACACCUUCUUGGACAAACUCGCGCUGUUUGCUUUCACUGGUCUGGGAGUGGUGGGUUUUUACUUUGGUACUGCAGCCUUUCGGAAUUACUAUGACAACGUGCGCCAGCUGCAAGUGGAGCUUGCAGACUUCAAGCUGAGCCAGACGAAAUGUCUGUGCUGCGACAUGGGCCAUGAGGAAGAGGGAAUUCUCUGCGAUCGCCAGGUGGUCAUGGAAUGUGUUCAUCGCUGGUUUGGGUCGGUGGAGAAUUUUGACAAAGUGGUCAGCACCGACGUAUCCGCCGGCUUGACGAGCCAACUUGGCCAGUAUUCUUUCCCGUACCGAUGGCUUCUUGGUGCAACCACACCUAUCCUCUGGGCGCAGAUGGAUAUGGUUGCAGCCAGGUUCAAGGCUGGAGAUAACCACGGUGGUGUCGUGGCAAGCAUUCUUGCCUUGGCAAUGUGGCUCGUUGCUUUCCCUUCGAUUUUUGUUUGCUGGGUAUGUUUGGCAUCUAUGCUGCGGAAAGGCAAGUGGAUGAUUUUGGACAUGCUUCAGACGUUGACGGCUACGGUGAUCACUGUCGCGCUGGCGGCAGGUAUGCACUUCUAUCAGCUUCUAUGCAACCAUCUGCUCCACGAAGAUCAUCUGUCGGGUGUCCUCUUAUUCGCUGGAACAUUCCUGGUUGCAGCACUUCUUGCGUGGCACCCCUGCGCGAUGUGCCGCUGGGCGAGAGGAGUCGGCAAGGGAGAACAACCUGCCGUGGCUUCCUGA